AUGAGCCAGCACCACCACGACCUGGGCUUCAUGGAGUACCCUCCGCCGCCCAAUCGUUCGCCCAACCUGUCGAGGCAAAACUACGCCGCCUCGGCCGCCUUCGGUGCCGGCAUGUCGCUGCCCCGUCAGGCCCAGAGACCCUUCGAGGCCCCCCUCGGCACCUCGGCCCUCUACACGACCGAUCGCGUCGGCGCCGGCUUCGCCUCGCGGCCCGUCGACGCCAUGUCCCCCGCCGCCGGCAUGCCCGCCGGCUACAUGCUGGACAACGGCCAAGCCUGGGCCUACGGCUCCGCCGCCGUCGCCACCGUCAACGGCGCCGUCCACGGCUCCAGCCGCCAGCGUAGCGUCCACCGUCGCGCCGCCCUGCCCCAGAACUGGACGGACCACGCCGGCAUGAGCGUGCCCGCCGGCAUGAGCGUGCCCGCCGCCAUGCAGCAGCAGCACUUCCCCCUCAACGGCGGCCUCCGUGCCGACCAGGGCCCGUCCCACACGUCCCCCGACCUCCGCUCGACGGCCUCCGACGGCGACCAGCUCAUCCCGACGGCCAUCGUCAUCAAGAACAUACCCUUCGCCGUCCGCAAGGAGACGCUGGCGACCAUCAUGAUGGAGAUGAACCUCCCCCAGCCCUACGCCUUCAACUACCACUUCGACAACGGCGUCUUCCGCGGCCUCGCCUUUGCCAACUUCCAGUCGGCCGAGGACACGCGCGUCGUCAUCGACGCCAUGAACGGCAUGGACGUGCACGGCCGCAAGCUGCGCGUCGAGUACAAGAAGAUGCUGCCCGAGGCCGAGCGGGAGCGCAUCGAGCGCGAGAAGCGCGAGAGGCGCGGCCAGCUCGAGGAGCAGCACCGAGGCCCCAUGCUGCACCAGCAGAGCUCCAUGCAGUCCCUCGGCGGCAUGUCCCAGUCCGCCCAGCAGCGGCUGCCGGCCGGACAUCUCGGUGACGUUGAUCUCAACGACCCCCAGGCGCUCGAGUUCUACACGGAGCUCGUCAUGUUCAAGCGCGACGACUCGCGCGAGAUCCUCGUCUUCCCCCCCUCCAUCGCCCCCGAGCACCGAAGAUCGAUCCACAUUCUCGCCCACCACAUGGGGCUCGAGCACCAGUCCAUCGGCGAGGCCGACUCCCGACAGCUCACCGUGCUCAAGGGACGCCAGCCGUCGCCGACGGCCAACGUCCAGAGCGCGAGCGCCCUCGACGUGCACAAGCGCGGCCUGAGCCGCGCCGCGACCUUUGACUUCGCCGCCGACCGCGACUCGCGCGCCGCGAGCGGCGGCUACACCCACGUCGUCGGCCGUCAGGGCCCGACGCUCGAGCUCCCCGGCAGCCCCGACGGCUCCGGCAUACCGAGCAACCUGCGCGCCGCCAAGAGCUUCGCCGACCUCCGCUCCUUCACCCCGAGCCCGUCGCAGGCCUCGUCGGGCUACCUCGCCGCCACCGGCGCCGGCGUGGGCGCCAUGGGCCCCGCGUCGACGGCGCGCUUCGGCGACUACAUGGCCGGCCACCCGGGAAGCGCCGGCACGCCCGGCCCCGGCCCCAAGUCGGACAACGGCCUCGUCGCCGGCCUCGCCGGCCUCAACCUCGGCCCGUACGACGCCAACGGCCUGCAGGGCCAGCCGCGGGCCGCCCCCGGCGCCAUCGGCAGCCAGCGACCCGGCGCCGCCGGCGCAAAGGGCGCCCCCGAGCGGCAGCCCCGCGGCCCCGAGUGGACCAACGCCGGCUUCGGCACCCGAGGUCGGUCCAACGGGCACGCGCAGCGCGGCAGCGGUAUGCCGGACACCCUGAACGCGGCCCACCUGGACCUUCGUGACUGA